UAAAGAUAAGGGCAUGAAAUGAAAUGAAGGAAGAAAGAAAAACAGAGGAAAUAAUGGAAGGAAAGUUGUCACGUGCAGCAAAGAAGCUUACAUCAUCUCCCAUUCAAGAACUCUCUCACCUUGCUCAGAGAUGCAACGCCAUCAACCUCGCUGAAGGCUUCCCCGACUUCCCCGCGCCUCCCCACAUCAAAAACGCUGCCGUUUCAGCCAUCAAUUCCGACUUCAACCAGUACAGGCACGUGCAAGGUAUUUGUGAUCACCUGACAAAGAUGGUGAAGGAAAUGCAUGGUUUAAAUAUCGACCCUCUUACGGACGUAGCUAUUUGCUGUGGUCAAACUGAGGCAUUUGCAGCUGCAAUCUUUGCAACAAUUGACCCGGGUGAUCAAGUCAUACUGUUUGACCCUUCGUAUGAAACAUAUGAAGGAUGUGUUACCAUGGCCGGUGGAGUCCCUAUAUACGUGCCACUUGACCCGCCUCAGUGGACGCUGGAUCCAAGCAAAUUGCUGAGAUCAUUUACUGAGAGAACUAAAGCCAUAAUACUGAACAGCCCUCACAAUCCAACUGGCAAAGUCUUCACACAAGAUGAACUUGAGACUAUUGCUGGAGCAUGCUGCAGCCGAAAUUGCUUCGCUAUAACAGAUGAAGUGUACGAGCAUAUAACAUAUGACAACGAAAAACAUAUUUCCCUUGCCUCAUUUCCAGGAAUGCAAGAGCGGACUAUUAUAACAUCUUCUUUGUCUAAAACAUUUAGUGUCACAGGUUGGAGGGUUGGAUGGGCGAUUGCACCAGCUUUUCUUGCAUCUGCUAUCAGAAAUAUUCACACUAAAGUUACAGAUUCUGCUCCAGCACCUUUUCAAGAAGCCGCGUUGACUGCUUUGAGAAGCCCCCCAGAAUACUUUGAAAAACUGAGAAGAGACUAUCAAUCAAAAAGAGACUAUAUCAUCAAGUUGCUUGCAGGAGUAGGUUUUAAGAUACAGUUUAUACCUCAGGGUUCCUUCUUCUUAUUUGCUGAGCUUCCUGACAAUUGCUCCCUUUCUGAUGUAGAAUUUGUUAAGAAACUAAUACUAGAAGCAGGGGUGGUGGCUGUGCCGGGACAAGGAUUUUUUCGUACAAACUCAUCAUCGAAUGAAGUUUCUAACGUAAAUUGUUAUUACCAAAAGAGAUACAUCAGGUUCGCAUUCUGCAAGAGCGAUGCAACUUUGGCUGCGGUUUCAGAAAGACUUGGUAAGCUUUUGGAUGCGGCAGGGCAUCUUUCACUACAUUAAAUUGGCAGAAAGAGUAAUGGAUGACAGGAACAACUAGAGAUCGAGGGUACAAAAGUUUUGUUCGAAUUAAUAAAGCUUGUACUAAAGAUUAAUU